UUUAAUGAACUUUUCUUGGCUUGAAUGGAAAUGAAGCUGUCUCCUGCGCUCGUGCUCUGCGCGUCCGUCACCGUGCACCUCGCGCUCGCUCAGAUUCAGCUGCGCGUGCGCCCGUCGCCUAGCGACCACCUGCCGGUACCGGACCUGCACGAGGACCCUGGCCCGGAGCUGGAGCCGGGCGAGAGGGAUUUAGCCCCUCGAUUGCUGCGCCGGAAACUCGGCAGCAGUUUUGACCCCGUCUUCUCGUCGAUCGGUGCACCGACUCCAGGUAACGGGUCCGAAAUCACGCGAGAGGACGGGAUCCGUCUCGCCGGAGCGAUUCCCCGUGAGUUUCAGCAGCUGGAUUUCACUGGUCUCAAAGCGGCGAGGAAAACGGAGCGCAGGGUGCACCGAUGGUUGUGGUCGUACACCCGGUGCCCGGUGCUGUCGGUGUGGAAAGAUCUGGGCGCGCGAUUCUGGCCGCGAUACGUCAAAGAAGGACAGUGCUUGACCGAACGCUCGUGCUCUUUACCGGAGGGGAUGUUUUGUAAACCGGUGCAGUCCGUGAGCGUCACGCUCCUCCGGUGGCACUGCCAACAGGGUUCGCGCGCGCUCAAGCGCUGCGCGUGGAUUCGCGCGCGCUACCCGGUGAUUUCACAGUGCGGCUGCGCGUGCUUAAGCUUUACACACAGCUAG